CGGGUCGAGUGGUGGGAAUCUGGGGAGGUAGAGGACCGUUUUACCCGUCUGUCCCCCUCUUUUGUGGAAGCGUGGGCGCUCCCCGGAGCGGCGGGAGCGAGGGCGCGCCUCGAACUCUCGCGUCCAUCCAGGUUUGGCGCGGGGUGCUGCUCCCGAGGCAUCUGAAGAGUCAGCUCUUCUCCUGUUCUCUGGACUGUGGAGGUUCCCCGAGUAGUGGCUGUGGGAGAAAUAGGACCCUGGCGGGAAGCCCCUCUGCGUCCCGCUUGAGUACUUGAUGCGGACCCGAAUAGCCUUUUCUUUUUACCUUUACUCUUUCUCUUGUGGCUUCUCGCCCACUCGGAGGUUGGGGCGUACCUGCGCGUGAGGAGGAGGAGAGGGUAUGACCCGAAUCUGAGUGGCCUGCGCUGCAGCCUGUAUACGCGGUGGCUCCUGAGUGGGACGAACCUCCCCCGUUUUCAUCCUUGUCUCCCACCCUGGUGUUGGCCAUCGGUGCAGGAUGAACUGCCGCUCGGAGGUGCUGGAGGUGUCGGUGGAGGGGCGGCAGGUAGAGGAGGCCAUGCUGGCCGUGCUGCACACGGUGCUCCUGCACCGCAGCACGGGCAAGUUCCACUACAAGAAGGAGGGCACCUACUCCAUUGGCACUGUGGGCACCCAGGACAUCGACUGUGACUUCAUCGACUUCACCUAUGUGCGUGUCUCCUCUGAGGAGCUCGACCGUGCCCUGCGCAAGGUUGUCGGGGAAUUCAAGGAUGCCCUGCGCAACUCCGGUGGUGAUGGGUUGGGGCAGAUGUCCUUGGAGUUCUACCAGAAGAAGAAGUCUCGCUGGCCUUUCUCAGAUGAGUGCAUCCCAUGGGAAGUGUGGACAGUCAAGGUUCACGUGGUAGCCCUGGCCACAGAGCAGGAGCGGCAGAUCUGCCGGGAGAAGGUGGGUGAGAAGCUCUGCGAGAAGAUCAUCAAUAUCGUGGAGGUGAUGAACCGGCACGAGUACCUCCCCAAGAUGCCCACACAGUCGGAGGUGGACAACGUGUUUGACACAGGCUUGCGGGAUGUGCAGCCCUACCUCUACAAGAUCUCCUUCCAAAUCACCGAUGCCCUGGGCACCUCGGUCACCACCACCAUGCGCAGGCUCAUCAAAGACACCCUUGCCCUCUAGGCCUCACUGAGGCCUGGGAGCCCCUCAAUGGCUCCCACAUCUUGGCUUCUGGGGAUUGUACUGUUGAGGCCCUUUGGGCCCUGAAACCUGCUCUGGGUCUUUGGGUGAGACCCAGAAGGGGCAGCCCCUGGCUUCCUUUUAUUGUGGUUGCCAGCCUUUGGUCAUCUUUUUAACCUUUGCUGAUGGUCAUGACCGGCCUUAUGCUGUCUCUCUACAUUCUUGGUGGGAGUCCCCCUUCUCUCUCCACUGUACAUAAGAGUCACCUUAAAUGUAGUGAAUAAAGUUGAGAAUGUGA